GAAAAUCACGAGUCCAUGCACCUAAUUGUUACAGAGGGCAGCUCACGGCACGGGAUCUCGCCGUAGACAGUCUAUUUUAGGAGGAGAUGUUAUUGAAAACAAAUCUCUGAGGAAAGCAAACAGGGUAGUGAUUCCUAUAGCAAGACUACUGUGCACCAUGGCUGUGACUGACUGUUUGCAUCACAGUAGGUGAUCAUUUCAUAUGCUGAGCUGAACCAAUCACGAUAGAAGUCGUAGGAUCAAGUGGGAAAGACUAGUAAUUUUCCUGGCCCGUCCAGACAGAACAGCGCGCCUGCGCCUUCCUUGUCGAAUGUUAUAAAAUAGCGCCCUCCUACUCAUAAUAACAACACGUGUCUCCCGCAUCACACAGGGAAAACAAGAGUCUAGCAAGAGAACUUCAGCAAGUACUAGACGUCCAAACUAGAAAGAGUGUUCUCUGAGUCUUGGUAUUGUGAUUUGUGAACAUUCGUCGGAAUUUGUGGCGAUCUUCGUCCCACGUUUGUUUUGGGAGUGGCUGUCAACCACAGAGGCGCGUGGCGGACUGAAGCCAGUUCAGCUUUUUAAAUUGCUUUUGCAAUUGCGCUUUCGGAGAUGAAUGUUUUGUUUUUACGAUACGAACUGAGAAUGUGUUUACCUUACAGACGCAAAGAUGCAAAGAACAUGAUCAACACUGAUGGCCUCUCUAAAUGCGAGGCGACUCGGCGGGACAACGGGUCGAGGCCACCCCAAAUGCCCCAUCUGUUGAUCGCUGUCUUCGUGUGGCUCGUCACGGGCACGACCAUAUCCAGCCUGAACAAAUGGAUAUUCGCCGUGUACAACUUCAGGUACCCUCUACUCCUGUCAGCCCUGCACAUGCUCACCGCGAUCGUGGUUGACUACGGGCUUAUCAAGCUACGGCUCAUUCGGCACCGGGGAGUCGGCGAGCAGCACUUGACAACCAGCGCCAAGUUCAAGGUGUUCCUUCUCAGUUUGACAUUUUGUGCGAGCAUCGCGUUCGGGAACGUGGGACUCAACUAUGUACAGUUGUCUUUCGCACAAAUGAUCUAUACUACCACGCCCCUGUUCACCCUGGCCAUAUCCACUUUCAUAUUAGGAAAGCAACACCAUAUUAUAAAGUACACUGCUAUGAUGCCCAUCUGUCUCGGAGCGUCCUUCAGCAUAAUGGGCGAGGUUCAGUUUGACCAGACGGGAUGUCUCUUCGUUGUGGCCGCCACCAUGCUGAGAGGUGUUAAGUCCAUUCAACAAAGCAUCCUUCUUCAAGAGGAGAAGAUCAACUCUGUCUUCCUGCUCUACCUGAUGUCCAUCCCCAGCUUCUGCAUCCUGGCAGUGGCAGCGUUCUCCAUGGAGAACUUGACCGGGCUGGAGUCGCCGUCCAGCUACGACCGACACCUGUGGCUGUUCAUCCUGCUCAGCUGCCUGGGCUCGGUGCUCUACAACCUGGCCAGCUGCUGCGUCAUCACCCUGACCUCUGCCGUCACCCUCCACAUCCUGGGCAACCUCAACGUGGUGGGCAACCUCCUGCUCUCCCAGCUCCUCUUCGACAGCCAGCUGUCGGCUCUCAGCUGCGCCGGCGCCGCCCUCACGCUGUCCGGCAUGCUCAUCUACCAGAACUCGGAGUUCAUCGGGGCGUACCUGGACGGCCGCCGCGCCCGGGAGCAGGAGAAGGCCCGAACGGCGGCUCCAUCUUCAUUGUCGUCAUCUGCGUCGUCAUCGCCAUCAUCAAUACAAAGGCUGGACUGCUGCCUGAGGGAGCGGGCUAGUGCUGCAGCUGCAAGGGACUCUUGCCCUCCACCUCAGCAGGUGGUGCUGGAGAGCCAGUCUGGUGAUGAAUCAGCACAAGAGGAGGAAGCGGCGGUGGCGGUGGUGGACCAGGCUGAAGCAGCUGAGGCAGACCUUCUUAUUCUUCAGGAAGAGAUGGCAACAGUAGAGCUGGAGGUGACCGAAGAUGUGGAAGCGUCAGAAGGUGUGGAAGCGUCAGAAGAUGUUGAAGCCACAGAAGGUGUGGAAGCCACAGAAGGUGUGGAGACGACGACGGAUCUGGAAACGACGGCAGAUUUGUUAUCGACAGUAGAUCUGGCAACGUCAGCCGAUAUGGUAAAGACAGCUGAUCUGGAGCGAGAUCUGGAGAGCUGGAACAACUACGCAGACCUGGAGACGAUGGAAGACCUGGACUUGGCAGAUCUGGAGACGACGGCAGAUUUCGAGACGACAGAUCUGGCGAUGAGCGCAGAUCUUGAGCAAGAGCUGGACAGCUGGAACGAUGGCACAGAACUAGAACUGACAGAAGAGCUGGAGCACGCUGAGGAACUCGACACGACGGAAGAACUCGAGACGACGGAGGACAACAGUGCUGAGGGAGAGGUGGAGAGCUGCAGCAGCACUGCUGAGGUCAUUGAGGCCACUGCAGAGAACAGCAGUGGCAGCAGCAACAUUAGUUGCGGCAUCAUCCUCAGCAGCAGCUCACACGUCAAGGACAAGAUGGACUGAUUUGCACUCAGUCUCUCUAGAAUCAAAAUGAUGGAGAGGUUCCGUGCCGACGGUUGACAGGGUGUCCGUUGCGGCGGGGGUUGGACGCUGGCAGACAGAUGUGAAAAAGCAUGAGGUCUCUCUACCCACCCUCACCUACCCAGGUCUGAAGGUCAAAGUGCUUCAAGUCGCGCAAAAAAACUGGACAGGUCUUAGGAACUGAUACUGUAUCAGCUCGGUCUGUUUUUUUUAAAUCAUCGUCAUUGUUAUAAUGGCUGUUUAAUUUCGUCCCUACUGUACAUCGUCCCUUUUCCUCUCCCAUGCCACUGUGCCAAGAUAGCAUUAUUUAUUUCAUUUUAUUUUAUUUUAAUCGUAUUAUUGUUAUUAUGGUCCUCUGUGAGGUGGUGAUCAGUGGGCAGUCUGGAGCGGCAGGCACGGAGACUGAAGCAGACUGGAUUGGCACAUGGCGACUCUGGAAAAGGAGAUAGAAAUGCACACUCCCCCGCCCGCUUCCAAACACCUCCUGACCCACAUCCCCAGACCUACCGUAUGCACAGUUGUUGCUGUUGUUGUUGUGGAAAUGCAACACCCCCCACAUUACCAACACCUCCUUACCCAGACCCCGAAACUAACCACCAUGAAAGCAUCAGCAACUUACUUGGUGGCAAUUAGGACUGUAACGAUACACUCAUUCGGUUCCUAUCACGACUUUUGAACGACGGUUCGAUACACCCCACGAUUUCACACUUGCCAACGUUAUAAAAGAAAAUUCAGAAUAGAAACUGAGAAUAGGUUACAAAAGGGUACUAAAAAUGGAAAAAAGUUGAAACAUAAUAAUGAUGAUUUGAAGCUUUGAAGCACUAUCACUUCAUAUCGUAUUUCUGGACUGAUGGGUAACAAAACGUUGCUAGGGUGUAUUACAAUACUGCCUCCUUGUAUCUUGAUACAGUAUCGUGACUGUGUGUAUCACGAUUCACGAUUUCCAUGUUCAUUACAAUAUCGUUACAGUCCUAGUGGCAAUGUAAUUUCCCACAGGCAACCUACUAAAUUGCUAACUAGUUAGCAAUGGCGCUUUUGAGAAACAUGCCUCAAACACCCCCCCACCCCCUGUCUCUCUCUUCAAACACACUGUGAUCCAGCCCCUGAAAUCAACCCAGAUCCCCACACCUAGCACCACACAUACAGUUGUGGUUGUAGAGGAAAUGCACACUCCACAGGACUCCAUGAGGACUCCAAGCUCUUCAUUAGAUCAUUUAUCUUUUAAUUUAACCUGGUUUACUCCUGAACCAGAUUCUUAGUAUACCCCUCAGGUCCCCCGAACCACACCACGCACAGUUGUUGUUGUUGUUGUUGUUGUUGUGGCAAUCAACCUCCCCUUUACCCUCUUAAACACACACCUCCCCUCACCCAGACCUCCCGAAUUUACCACACCAUCACACUCAUGCCACACACACACACACACACACACACACACACACACACACACACACACACACACACACACACACACACACACACACACACACACACACACACACACUCCCUCCUCCCCCUUCUCCCUGUGUGCGCUCUGAGAGAGGCCACAGGUGUUGUUUUCAGUCAGGACACGAGCUCAUGUCUCUUUUCUGUCACCUCUUCACAGCAAUACUGUGAAUGCUGUGGCAGACAUGAGCAUGCCCUCCCCUCCCUUCUUUUUAUGGGUUUUAAAGUACUUUCUCAUGUUCUCCUCCCACUUCCUCUUUUAACAUUUUCUUUUCUUUUUGCAUGUGCCACCACUGGAACAGGAGAUCAGUGAGAUCCUUUUUUUUUACGCACUUCUCCCCUCGAUCUCCUCGGUGGGAGAGCGGAGGGGGAAAAAAAAGAUAAAGAUGGCACACUUUUUUAAACCAAGAAAGGGGAACUGUUGGAGAAGGAGAGGAACAAACAACAAAAGAUAAUGUAUCUGGAUGAUCUGAUCACUUUCAACGGCCACGGACACUUUCUCUCCUGUGUGUCGGUACAUCGUAUGAGCCAAUCCGUUAGCUGCACACGCCCCCAAAAUAAAUGUCAGCCAUUUUGUUUUUAGCUUAGUCAUCCUUCCCCUUCCUGUUUGGGUGUUUUGGUGCUCACAGGGGAGAGAAGAGGAGAAAGGGGAGAGGGGGGGUACAGAAGUCAAGCACAGUGUAGGGGUGAAUCUCUGCUUUCAAAGGGCUCUUGUCGUGUUGUGUUGUGAUGUGUGUGUCUGGCAGGUGUGCCAAUACCUCUUCUCAUGGCCCCCCAGUGGUGAUUGGGGCGAGGUCUGAGAGUGAAGAUUGAAGCCUGUUAUAUGGGCGUAGUUACAGGCCAAGGUCGAUGUCAGUGGAGACCGCUUUCAGCUGUUCAAAACACGCACACGAUCACCCUCACACACAUACGUGCGCACAGCACACACGUACACAUAUACACUUGUUGUGCACACAUACACAGGCACGUCAACCAAUACACACGUACGCCCACAUUUCGCACACAUAUUCCCACGCGUGCAUUAAGCACACACAAACACACACACACACACACACACACACACACACACACACACACACACACACACACACACACACACACACACACAGAGAGGUCCAUCAGGAAUAGAAAUGCCAAGCCAUUGUAGGUACGGACUCUGAGGUACUGUUUCCAACCAGACCCCUCUGGCACACUGGGGAGGUCAACUAAAGGCAGCUUUACUGUAUAGGAGGUGUCAAAACAGCAUGCUGAGUUUCCUUUCUUUUGUCCUCUCUUACUUAAAAAAACUGUCUUGAUUUUGUUUACAGUUGGAUAUAUGCAUAGGCUUGACGUGUUUUGAUUUUAGUUUUAUUUUAUUUUAUUUUUUUUGCGAUUGAACGCACAUACAUCACCCUGGCCCCUUAUUUUUUGUUUUGUUUUGGUUGUUGCGCACAUUGUAGUAAAUCAAACGGUGUGGACGAACAUCCUUUUAUGAUGUGAACAAGUUUAUCAUCUUUGGAGAAUCAAGAGGUUUUAUUGGAAUACCAAGAUUGGCUGCAGAGUACAUUCUAGACCUAAGCCCAUUUCAUCGCACCACAGACCCUGAGGUUGCUGUUACUUUGGCUGUAAUUGUCCCCUGGCCCCCAAAAAGUAGGAAAAGAAGGAGAGAAGGAAAAUCCUUGCCAUGCUUCCCUUCCAACACUGAGUAGCCAGUCUACUGUACCUGUCUGGACUACUCAUUAUAUAUCAGCUGAUUUAGAAUUGGGUGGAUCAAAGACGUGGCAGGAUUUUCACUGUCUGAACUGCAGCUUUACACGUUUUGUUGGAGAAAGACCACAGCAUGCCACGUGUCUCAGAACGUGGCCUAAGCACCAAAAGGCUGCGUGUGUCACAUGAUCCUCAUGUGAGUGAAUGGUAAUAGUUUGCGCUGUCACUGUCGAUGCUGUGUCUUUGGCUGCGUCAGACCCACAGCAAGCUACUUGCCUGGAUCGAUGAUGGUAUGUGGCGUACACAACAUGGCCGGAGCACUUAAACAGGUCUGCAUUGGCCCUCACGUCACAUGCAUGACUGUAAUUGACAGCAAGCACGGGAGUAACUCACAAGAACAAUUACCAGUCAGUUUGGGUGUAAACAUCCCCUGCGUCACGUCACCCUAGCCCCCGGCCCACAGUGAGCGACCUGGCAGUGCUGGUGGUAUGUGAGGCACGGAAUGUCGGAACGUGGCCUGAGCACUAAAAGAGCUCUGCGUUGGCAGUCACGUGAGGGAGUGUGUGAGUGGGUGACUGGUAUUAAUAGUUCUGGUGCGUCUUUGCCGUGUGGGUCUCGCUCUACUUUCCCUCCGACUACGUCUUCCCUGUGGAGCAGUCAGUAAUGAGACCCUUGCCAUUCUCCCUGCUCUGAGGUGGCAUACAACACCCGUCCCGUCCCGAUACCAUCCCUGCUGUGCUCCAUUGCCUUAAGUUUCUCAUGGCCUAGAUGGGUGCUGCUUGUUCUUUGUUUUGUUUUGUUUUGUUUUUAAUUUAUUUAUUGUUAUUAUUCUUACUACUAUUAUUCAAGUUAUUAAGAAUUUCAUCUGACCUCAGCAAGGCAGUAUUAUCAAGAAGUCACUCUUUUUUGGGGGGGUGUGUGGACAUUUUAUUUGACUUGGAGGAAAGAGGAUUUCAUUUGUUUUUGUCGUAUAGGGUUCUUACACUGUGGCGUAGUUGAGGGUGGAAGUCUCUGUGCUGAAAACGUGCUUUGGCUCCACCUCCUGGACAUAGUGAGCACCUCACCCUUUAAAAGGUGCUUAGUGUACAAAAAUCAGGGACUGUAUUUUUGAAAGCAUCUGUUGUAGAUAGAUUCCUGUCAGAAUUUUUAGAGAGGACAGUUCAAGAUGGAUGUUGUCAGAGCUAUUUUCUUCACGUUUAAUUUUUUAAGCAAAAGGAGUAAAUGUUAUUCCAUGGAAUCAUUCCUAGAUAUUUUUUUCACGACACAAGAAUGGCAGGAAUGUUUUUUGUUUGUCUUGAGGAGGAUGUUACCGAUAACAACAGAAAAAAAUAACAAGCUCAUUUUAAAUGCUGUGUUUUGUGUAGCAAAAUCAUUGCGGUGAAAUAAUGCAUUGUUUCAUUUUAAAUGCUGAGUGCCUGGUUACAUUAGACAAGCUAUUCCAAAUGCUCUCACCUGUGCAUGAACCUAGUCUAAAUACAUAUGCACAUCAGAGUAGUUAGUCUUAGGUGUUUUUUAAAAGUAUAUCCUAUUAUGUCAUCCAGCCACCUGUUUCGUCCCAUCACAGCACCGUACCAUGUUGACUUGGCCUACCUAAACUUUUAAAAGAAUGUCGUCUUUUCUUUUGAAAUGUCUUUUUUGGACCAAAAUUCUCACACUCACAGAAAAAAAGAUGUUAAGAAAUUGAUGUUGCACGUUAAUAAAUUUACAGUUUUGUACACCUGCCCUCCCUAAACUAGAGAAAAUCACUCUUUUCUUCUUUUGAGGUUUUUUUUUUUUCACUUAAUGUUUGGCUCUUCAAUAAUGUGUUGUUUCCAUUGCACAGAUUGCGUGAAUCUGUGCCUGAAUAUCUUUGUUCCAUCCUGUACAGAACAGAACCGCAAAAAAACCCCACCUGAAGGCUUGUUCUUGUCCUGCGUCCCUUGGCCUGAGAGGACAAGAACAGAAAUAGCUUUUCGCCAUGCCACUGCGCACACUGGACGAACAGGGUGUUUUAGAAUCACCUUCCAGCGCUUUCUCAGGUCAGCGUGAACCUGGAGACAGAAUAGGCCAUGCUGUGCGGUCGGCCACCUACGUCAUCAAGUCAUGUUCUCUUGUGCCAAGUGGGUGUCCUGUCCCGAUGCGUAAAAGAAUACAGUCAUCAUUUCAGUCCUGCUGUCACAUCCACUCUGGGUCUGUCCUCACCUGACUGCGAUUUAUAUCAAGCACAACGCGGAGGCUUAAUCUGCAUGGGUCAACAGCAAUAGUUUGGUAGACAGGACACAUACAGUAGAGACAGCAUUUUCAGCAGUCUUUUUCUCUCACACAUAAACACACGGUGUCCUCUCACAUGUAGGCCUACACACACACAUGUACACUCACAAAUACACAUGCAUGCACACACACACACACACACACACACACACACACACACACACACACACACACACACACACACACACACCCGCCACACUCUUUUUGUUUUGGUGAUGAUCACUGUCCGUUAUAUUAUAGCCUGUAUACCUCAAGUGUAUGGACACAGCAUUUUGGUCACUGUAUUUGUUUUGUUUUUCUCUUUUUUUCUUGUUUUGGGUUUGGUCUUUGUUUUGACACAUUGAUCGUUUGCGUCUCUUUGAACCAUAAUGAGUUGCAGCACAAAAUUGCACUGACUAAAAUUUCAGACAUGCUGCCUGAUUUUAAAUUUGAAAUAAAAAAAGGCUCCUGUGUACAUGGUAUAGUGUCUGAUGUCAGUCAAAUGUAAGAUGUAAAUAAUUUUGUGAUAUUUAUGUUUUAUUUUGUUUUUUGCAAUCAUGAAAAGCUGGCUAAAUAUAUUGGUUCUGGAACCCUU